AUGUAUGAGUUUGCAAAUGAGAAAAUUAGAGGAUUAAAUGGAUCAAAAAUAAUUAGAUAGGAUAAGACAAAAUAUAGAGUAUGAAUAAAUUAAUAAAAAAUAGAGUCAUAACUUUUUUACUGUGAAUCCACAUGUUAGGAUGCUAAGUUAAUUAUUCUAAAAAAGUGCAUAUUUAACAUAGUUUAAAGAGAUGCUCUUCUUAAGUCUUUAGUAGAUUUAUUUGCGAACUUCAUAAAUUCUAACUGUUUUAUAAUGGAUGCAACCGCCAAUCAUUUGUAAUUCAACAAAAAAGAGAGAUUAAUAAUAUUUAAAAAUAAUACAAUAUGCUUAAUAAACCAGACAAUUAGGAAUAGUGCCAGAAUAGAUCUACAUUAUUGAAAUAGAGAGAUUACUUAAAGUAAUAUAAAAUGACAAUAAAGAAAUAACUUUAAAAAUUCUAUAUGAGCUUUGUGUUUCAAUGAAUUGUAUAAUAAGAGGUAAAUAGGAAUUCGUGUUAUAUGACAAAUUUUUUGCUUAUUUAUACCAUCAGUUUAAUUCUGGAUCUGAUUUUGUUCUUCAAUCGAUUCAAUAGAGAGAGUAUAUAAAGAAAUCAAAGGAAGAACAAAGGUUGAGUAAAUUAAAUUAACAUGGUUUAAGAAGAGUAGGAUAGAUAUCAACAUUAAAGAAUGAAUUUUAUUUAGAAGAAUAGUAAAGUGAUGGUAUUAGUAGUAAUCCUUAAUUGUUGACAAUAGAUUCGAAUUUAAAACUUCCAAAUUCAAGAUUGCAAUCAGGAAAAUUAUCUUAAUAAGUAUAAAAUGCUGAAUUAGCUAUGUAAGAUUUAUAAAAAGAAAUAAAGGAUUAUUAUAAUAUGUAUGCAGAAUAUUUUUAUGAUUCAGUAAAAAACUUGAUUUAAUUUAAAGGUGGAAAUGAAUCAUUAAAUUAUAAAUUUCUUGGAUUAAAAUUUAGUAUGAAAGAUAUCUUAACUCUUAAUGCAGUAUAUCAACAUGAAGAGUUUGCAACAAAACUCUAUUUGCAUCCAUAUUAACUUGUACCAUUAUUAAAUGAAAAAUAAAAUACUUUAACAAAAUACUUGACAUAUUAAUCAAUGUUAAACAACAACAAUAAUAAAGAGGAUCAAGUUGAAAAUUUAUAAGAGUUUCUUCGACAGAGCCCUCCUUUAUCACCUCAGUAAUCGAAUAUUAAUAUAAAAACUGAAACAAUUCAUUAGUAGACUCAUAGUAAUGAAGACAUUAGAGUAGAAUAUGAAGAUGGUAUAUAAAAUGAAUAUGAUAAUGAAUUUGAUGUAUUAUUAGAUUUUACAUUAUUUGAUCCAUAGACCACUGUUUAAUAUUAAGUAUAUUCAGUUAAUAGUGAAUGUGUGGCAGGGAUCAAAAUAACUUUUCCUGAAGAAUAGAGUAGUUUUAGAUUGAUUUAAUUUCCAUGUAUAGAACCAUAAGAAGGAGGUUAUGAUUGUCAUACUUAUUAAUUUAAACCAUUAUCUAAUAUAAAAGGAUGCUAAGUUGAAUUAAUUUAAAUGACACCAAGUAAGAGAUUCAUUAAAAAUUUCAUAUUUUUGGUUUAAGAUUCAGAAAAUGCUUUAGAUUAAAAUAAACUUAAAUAUUUUAAAUUUGACUUUUAAAAAAAUUAAGAAAUGGGUGAUAUUCAAAACUUACAUGAUUAAAUUAUGCCUUACUUUAAUGAUGAUUGGAGAAAAUCAAAGUUUCCUCUAUAUGUAAACUUUCUCUUCUCUCAUCUUCCUUAAGCUUAAUAGAUAUAAAUUGAAGCUUAAUUGAAAAAAAUCACUUAUGCUAUAAACACUAUGUUUCCCUAUAUAGAAUAUUUAGAGAAUAAAAAGAAACUUAUGUAUAUAUAAUAUAAUUAAAAUUUAGCAAUCCUAAUGUGUUUGAAAUGUAUGUGUAAGAAUUAGGUCGAUAUAAAAAUAGAGAUCAGUAUUAAAGAACUGUCUUUAUUUAGAUUGAAAAUUGGUAAUAAAUUUUGCAAGAUAGAAUUAUUGAUAACAUAUUAGAUAAUAUAAUUAUUUUUAUUUGGAAUGGAGGAUUUGACAAUAGGAAAUUAAAGUGA